UUUUCUGAACGGCAAGAUGUCUGGACGAGGCAAAGGCGGCAAAGGGCUGGGGAAAGGAGGUGCCAAACGCCACCGAAAAGUCCUGCGGGACAACAUCCAGGGCAUUACGAAGCCUGCAAUCCGCCGACUGGCCCGCCGUGGGGGCGUCAAGCGCAUCUCUGGGCUCAUCUACGAGGAGACACGGGGCGUGCUCAAAGUCUUUCUGGAGAACGUGAUCCGCGAUGCAGUGACUUACACCGAGCACGCCAAGCGCAAGACGGUCACGGCCAUGGACGUGGUGUAUGCGCUGAAACGCCAGGGCCGCACCCUGUACGGCUUCGGCGGCUGAUGCGUGCCCCCAUCUUCUCUGACUCGAAAAGGCCCUUUUUAGGGCCGCCAGAAAGUCAACAGAAGAGCUGAUAACAUUUGCGUAGCUUUGUGUAAAUAUCAGGGUUAGGUGCUUUAGGUGCAGCGUUUCGGAUGUUACGAGGAGGACGUUUGCGGCAAAAGCGGCUGCUGGUGAGGCUUGCGGCUGGGGGUGGGGGUGACUAACUUCCGGCAGGGGAGCCCGGAGCCUGGGCAGAGCUAGUCACCUCGCGCUUCUGUGUGCGUUAGGGACGGCUGCCGGGCCCUGUUACCUCUAGAAGAGAGCGUCCCUAAGUUUAAGAAGGGAUAAAGGUCCUCAAGGCGGCCGCGUCCUUCAGCCCUGGACACUUAUAGAGCGGCUUCUAUGCAAAUCAGGGUGGCCGGCCGGGCGCCUCCCAUUGGAGGGGAGCGGCGCGCGUCAGAGGGGCGGGUCCUCGGGGCCGAGCCUGCUGGACUACGGGAGCCGAGGGCGCUCGGUGCAGCCCCGGUGUGGCGCGCCGGGCUCUUCUCUUUUGUGUGUUACUCGCUGGCCGUUUGAGUGACAGGCGACCAAGCUCAUAACGCUGGAAGCAA